AUGCGGAGAUUAGGUAUCUCAGAUCAGGUCAUUGAACACAAAUUACUGAUGGACGGUAUGGAUACCAACAUUCUGAAGAUGGACCCAGAAGGACCAUCGCCGAGUGGGGGAUUGGCACCGACGAUGGACUUGGAACCAUCGGGCCCGAUAUUACCGAUUAUGCCACCAGCGCCACCAAGGUCAAUAGAGGAGAGUGACUGGGACGAUGAGAGAAUAACACCUCCUCUACCAUCCCCACCGCCAUCAUUAUUCGAGCCGAGAAAUGCACAACAUCCUCCGUCGACAAAUAUUGGCAUGCCAUUUCCAUCUCCAGGACCACCAGUUUCUCCAACGUUUUCUACCGGUGAAUCGGCCUUGCUCUUCGGUGAUGGACCUCCACCGCCACCUCCCCCACCAUCUUCAGCUGGUCGUCCAGCUCUACCUGAAAGUGAGAUGGAGAGCUCUAGCGAUGAUGAUAUUGAAGAAUUUGAUGCAGACGACGACUCACCACCAGCUGCUGUCGAACCUGGUGUAAUGAAACUAAAGGAUGAUCCUGCUUUUGCAAAAUACUUUAAAAUGCGAAAGUUGGGGAUGCCAGAUAGCCUGAUUCAGCACAAACUCAUGAUGGACGGCGUUACUUUGGAUAUUCUCAACAUGGAUUCAGAAGGACCGUCUCCAAACGCGACUGGUGCAUCUUUGGCUACUCCAACGACAGACUCUGGUCAACCUCCGCUUCCUCCAGGGUUACCACCCCCGCCUUCAUCUCGACCAGUUGGAGAAUUACCACCGCCUCCUGUACACAGAUAUGACGAUUCCGACUCCGAUUUUGACUCCGAUUGA